AUGACCUUUGACAGUUAUGUGGCCAUCUGCAGCCCCCUUAGAUAUGUGGUCAAUGUGAAUCCCCAUCUGUGUGUCCCACUGAUUGCACUGUCCAUGUCCAUCAGCAUUGUGGAUGUGCUGCAUCACAGUCUAGUGUUGCUGCGGCUCUCCUUGUACACAGACCUGAUGAUCUCACACUUCUGUGAAUUUUCCCAGGUCAUCAAGCUCACUUGCUCUGAUACCUUCGUGAAUAACAUCUUAGCAUAUGAAGUGCCUGGCAUAUUGGGUGCUGUUUCUCUUGUUGGAAUUAUUUGCUCUUACAUUAAAUUUUUUUCAUCCAUCCUGAGAAUGCCUUCAGCUAGGGAAAAGUAUAAAGCCUUUACUACCUGGGAUCUCUUCUCUCAGUUGUCUCCUUCUUCUUUGGAACAGUUUUUGGGUUGUAUGCUAGCUCUGGAUUGA